AUGGACAAAACACUCGAAGUCGACUCGAAAGCUUCCCAACAGCAAAUCCGCGAUGCCUACAAAAAAGCAGCACUAAAGCACCACCCCGACCGCGUCCCCUCUGACUCCCCGGAGCGCGCAAGCCGCACAAAGCGCUUCCAGCAAAUCAACGACGCCUACUACACGUUAUCAGAUGCGACACGGCGCCGCGACUACGACGCCGCACGCACCUACAACAGUUUCACGGGCAGUACCGCAACACCCGACUCUGAUUUCGAAGAAGACAUCCCAGGAAAUGCGGGUGCGGGCGCAGGCACAGGCGGCGGCUUCGCCCAAGGCUUCCCCUGGUCAGCCUUUGGUUUCGGCAGCGCCGCACCCGCCGGCAACACGGAGGAAUCGCACAAUCGGUUCUCUGAAGAGCAGUUUGGCGGUAUCUUUGAGGAGAUGCUUAGGGAAGAGGGGAUGGCUGAUCAGGACGCGCAUCCCACGUCAAAGUUUUGGAGUAUAGUCGGCGGGUUGAGUGGAGGGGCUAUGGGGUUUAUUGUGGCCAACUUCCCCGGGAUGGUUGCGGGGGCGGUGGCGGGGAAUAGACUCGGGGCUGUGAGGGAUACGAAGGGGAAGAGUGUUUAUGCGGUGUUUCAGGAGAUGCCGCAGGCGGAUAAGGCGAGGUUGUUGAGUGGAUUGGCGGCGAAGGUUUUUGCUAAUGUUGUGAGUGGUUGA